AUGCACUUCAAUUGUUUCGCCGUCACCUUGGCGCUAUCAGUCGCGUAUGGCGCGCGCGCAAAUACGGACGCCGAAUUGCCUUUGUUUUCACAAGAAAGUAGCGACAGCAGUGGCUCCCAUAAAACUCCCAUACCACCGGUCCACUGUGAGAUACCCAAUGAGGAGAAAUUGGGCAUCUGCAUGGAGGUGGGCAACUGCUCAGCUUAUCUACAGGCGCGCAAUAUAACCGACGUAUCCUCAGAGAAAGUGAACUUCCUGAAGAAGGUGCAAUGCUCAUGCAAAGAUAGCGGAGAUCGCAUUUUUCAACCCUUGGUAUGCUGCCCAGCCAACGGACAGGACUACUUAUAUCCUUCGUUGAAAUUUUCGAAAUUCGAGUAUCGCCGCUUUCAAAACGUCACGGCUCAGUUCAAACGCAAGAAGUUGAAACGUCGCAUACAAACAGUGGAGCCGGCGCAGAGCUUCAACUUGCGCAACGAAUGUGGCAAACAGGUGACGAACCGCAUUUAUGGCGGCGAGAUCGCCGAAUUGGAUGAGUUCCCAUGGCUGGCGCUGCUGGUGUACAACUCAAAUGAUUUCGGUUGCAGUGGCGCGCUGAUAGACGAUCGACAUGUGCUGACGGCGGCGCAUUGCGUGCGCGGCGAGGGCGUGCGCGAAAAGCGGGGAUUGUAA